CCACAGUCUAUUUUCGGAGCCUAGCGAGCGACCAGAAAACUCACGCAGAAUAUGGAAUCUGAAAAUAUGGAACCUGAAAAUACAGAAAAUGAAAGUAUGGAAACUGAAAAUGUGGAAACUGAAACUAUGGAAAUUGAAACCAUUUCUUCGGUUUCAGCUCUCCAGGCCCUCUCUAAACUACUUAAUCCUGAAGAAGAGGAUGAUUUUGAAUCUGGACAGUCAAGCUAUUCAUCUGCUGCUGGAGCCAUGGGUCCUGGGAAUAUUGGACCACCAAAAACAGAAGAGCUCAAAGUCAUCCCUCAAACCAGUGAUGAAAAUAGUGAGGAAAUCUGGAAUCCAGAAGAUGUUCCACAAGGAGCAGAGCACGAUGAUAUGUGGGAUGUUAGAGAACUACCGGAGUAUGAGAUUAUAUUUAAACAGCAGGUGGGAACUGAGGAUAUAUUCCUGGGACUCACAAGAAAGGAUUCUUCAACAGCUUGUUGUGAGGAUCUAGUGGUUAAAAUUAAACUGCCAAAUACGAACACUUCUGAAAUUGAAAUCGAUGUCCAGGAAAUGAUCCUUGACCUUCGUACUCCUAAUAAGAAGCUGUUGAUAACUCUUCCCCAUCCUGUGGAAUGCAACAGUGGCAAAGCUUUCUACGUCCAAGAGACUGAGACUCUUGAAGUCACCCUGACUCUGAAGAGAGAGUUGGAUUUUGUUAAUUUCUUCUGAAAAUGCAUGAAUAAGGAGGAAAAGUGGUAAAAAGAGCAUUGAUACAAAAUAAAAACCUUCAAAAAAAUUGGUUAGUGUUUUCUAUCUUCUCUUUAAUAUUCUGACAUAUUUCGGAAAGGGCCUAAAUUCAAUUACAGAGAUAUUCUGAUCAUUUAUAGUUAUUUCUAUUACUCUGGUAGGAAAUUUUGUUUUCUCAUACUAAUAAGCUAUUCCAUUUUUAUAGUUAUAGCUGGAUAGAAUUUGCAGGUUAACCAAUUAGAUUACUAUGUGGUCAAUUAAAUAACUGAAAUAUGACCAUGAAAUUGUUGGUCCACUUAUUUUAGUAGUCUGAAGAACUUAAGCCAGUUAAUUAUACUAUGAUACAAUCAGUUGCAUAGCAAUUGGUCAUCGUUAUCACCAAAAAAGUUUAUUUGGUUGUCAUUUCAUUGAUUUGAUCAAAUGAUUUAGAGUGUUCUCUGUUUAGGCUCUCACUAUUGUUCUGGAAUAUACAAAUAGCAAAGGAUUAUAAAUAGUUUGAUGCACCAUACAAACUACAUGUUUUACUUGAAUAAGAAAAACUCUUGAGCACGCAGUAUUAUUUGGCUUCCUCAGUCCUGCUCUCAAUGUUUGGAUUCAGUUAGGUUAAAAAUAUUUUUCCUUUUGUGUAUCUAUAAUUACUAACAAUGCCUUUUGGGGUACUGUAUUUAUAUUUAGUAAUUGAAAUUCUUGACAUUUAAAAGGAAUAUAGAGAAAAGCGUGGCACAUUUACAAAUCCUGUUCCCUUUCAUUUCCUGUGUUUAUUCUUAAUUGGACAUACCUAUUUUUAUGAAUUAUGCCAAUGCUCCCUGUCUCUUCUGUACUGUAUUGCAUAAAUUUAUUUCAGAAUUAUUUAUGAAUAAAUUAUAUUUUAAAGCUUGUGUGA